AUGGUUCAAUUUCUGAUUACAAGGCGAUUGAAUCUUGGAGAGAAUUUAGGAGUCGAUAGCGAUGUCGUGUCUCCCGAGUGCGUGUGUCUUCCUGGUCCCUGCCCCGAGUGCGUGUGUCUUCCUGGUCCCUGCCCCGAGUGCGUGUGUCUUCCUGGUCCCUGCCCCGAGUGCGUGUGUCUUCCUGGUCCCUGCCCCGAGUGCGUGUGUCUUCCUGGUCCCUGCCCCGAGUGCGUGUGUCUUCCUGGUCCCUGCCCCGAGUGCGUGUGUCUUCCUGGUCCCUGCCCCGAGUGCGUGUGUCUUCCUGGUCCCUGCCCCGAGUGCGUGUGUCUUCCUGGUCCCUGCCCCGAGUGCGUGUGUCUUCCUGGUCCCUGCCCCGAGUGCGUGUGUCUUCCUGGUCCCUGCCCCGAGUGCGUGUGUCUUCCUGGUCCCUGCCCCGAGUGCGUGUGUCUUCCUGGUCCCUGCCCCGAGUGCGUGUGUCUUCCUGGUCCCUGCCCCGAGUGCGUGUGUCUUCCUGGUCCCUGCCCCGAGUGCGUGUGUCUUCCUGGUCCCUGCCCCGAGUGCGUGUGUCUUCCUGGUCCCUGCCCCGAGUGCGUGUGUCUUCCUGGUCCCUGCCCCGAGUGCGUGUGUCUUCCUGGUCCCUGCCCCGAGUGCGUGUGUCUUCCUGGUCCCUGCCCCGAGUGCGUGUGUCUUCCUGGUCCCUGCCCCGAGUGCGUGUGUCUUCCUGGUCCCUGCCCCGAGUGCGUGUGUCUUCCUGGUCCCUGCCCCGAGUGCGUGUGUCUUCCUGGUCCCUGCCCCGAGUGCGUGUGUCUUCCUGGUCCCUGCCCCGAGUGCGUGUGUCUUCCUGGUCCCUGCCCCGAGUGCGUGUGUCUUCCUGGUCCCUGCCCCGAGUGCGUGUGUCUUCCUGGUCCCUGCCCCGAGUGCGUGUGUCUUCCUGGUCCCUGCCCCGAGUGCGUGUGUCUUCCUGGUCCCUGCCCCGAGUGCGUGUGUCUUCCUGGUCCCUGCCCCGAGUGCGUGUGUCUUCCUGGUCCCUGCCCCGAGUGCGUGUGUCUUCCUGGUCCCUGCCCCGAGUGCGUGUGUCUUCCUGGUCCCUGCCCCGAGUGCGUGUGUCUUCCUGGUCCCUGCCCCGAGUGCGUGUGUCUUCCUGGUCCCUGCCCCGAGUGCGUGUGUCUUCCUGGUCCCUGCCCCGAGUGCGUGUGUCUUCCUGGUCCCUGCCCCGAGUGCGUGUGUCUUCCUGGUCCCUGCCCCGAGUGCGUGUGUCUACAAUUAAAAUUCACCUGUAUACUUUUUAUCUCGGGCUGCUAG